UGUUGACGAAGUCUUACGCACUCUCCCAUCAUCCUCAAAGAAUUUGCUAUAUAUUUAGGAGAGAAGCUUCUCCAUGCUGGAGAAAACUAAAAUGAAAAUUGCCGUCUGUGCUUUAUUGUGCUUAUACGGUUUAGCCUCCGCAACCGCUCCGAGUGCAGAAGAAGGUAGCAGAGCGGACGACUUCCGCUACCUGACGGGGUAUGCCAGCCCUAACUGGACGGGCGUGUACUACCAGUUCGCCGAGUACUCCCCCGACCUGAGCGUCGUGUUCCUUGACGACGCCCUCGAGAGCGUCUGUGGCACCGGAUACUGGAUCUUGUACGACGCCACAGACUACGACCCAUACGCCACUGGCAUCACUUGCCACUUCCAUGGAGUGAACCAGUGCGCCAACUGGGACUCCAGCUGCAGCAAUGUUGCAUCGUCACUGAGGUACGCCGGUAGCCCCUUCGGCCUCAACAACGACUAUUAUAAUCUGUAUGAAGGAAAAAGUUUCCGCGGCGAAGAGUUCCAAGGCGACACCGACGCCGCUGACUUGGGGGAUUUGGACCUCAAGAUCUCAUCUUUAAUGGUGACCGGGCAGUCGGGGUGGACAUUCUAUGUGGGCGUUAACUUCUCGGGCCCCGCCGUGUGCGUGUACGCGGACGAACACCUCACCACCGAUGGCAUUCAUCUCGACUAUGCCCGCUUUUUCGACAUGAGCGAGCUCGGUCUGCCCGACAACGCCAUCAGGUCCGUGGAGCGCGGCUGCCUCAGCGACCGCGUGGUGGGAGCGUCGCCCCCGUGGCGGUGAACAGACGAUCAGGAAAUUGGCAACAAACGAUCAGGAAAUUGGCAACAAACAAUCAGGAAAUUGGCAACAAACGAUCAGGAAAUUGGCGACUGAAGCGAUGCGACUGAAGUGCAUUGCACGAAUGCACGAGUAUAUAGUGCAUGUGCAAUGUUUAAAUUUGACGAUUAUCCACCUUUCUUGAGCUGCAUUAGACCGAAGUGUAUGCACCAGUGCAGCACCUGGGAUAAAUUUACCUACUUCUCCAAAAAGUGAAUCAAAUAGGCGCAAUUUUUACCUUGCUUAGUAUAUUUGGUUGUGUAUUGAAUUGGAAAUUAUAAAAAUUGUAUGAAUUUUAGUCCCUAAAUAAUCAUAAAUAAUCAAAUGGGUUCCUUGAAAACCUAGUGAAGUGGCUGUUCGAUUUACAUAAAUUCUUGUCGAUGUAGUGUAUGACUGAUCGGUACGUGGAUGCAAGGUUAAGGAAGGUUAUGAGUCUUUGAACUCUUUAUAUAAUUAUUGCAUAUUUUUAGCCUUUAUGUACCGGAAUCCGUAUUGAUAUGUAUUUUUCAUCUCAUAAUCUUAUGAUAUCGUUAAAAAUAGCAGAAGCACAGUGUCAAAAUAUGGUUACGACAAUUUAAAUUAUGUGUCCAAAUCACAAGAAGAGCCCUAGUUUAUGUGUCCGUAAACCAGGAAUAAGUUAAUUGCUGAAAAUGUUGAAAAUAACCAAAUCGGAAUAACCUCAAAUUAGAUAGAAUAACUAAAACGAAUUUCAGCCCACGCCUCGAUAUCACUGUUGUCAUCGGCGCAUCAUCGCAUUACUCUUCACAUAUAAUCAAAUCAAUGAAAUUAUUUAUCGGAGUCAGAUUGUUUUAAGAAUUAUUGUUUAUGACACAAAAUAAAUAAAUUAGGAAUUAUAAAACUCGCUGCUCUCAAACUGCUGACCAACUUCCAGCUCGCUGUCUUUAUCCAGAAAUGAAUUUGGGAGUCUGCAUCAGCAGCGUCGUCCCCUCUUAGUGCUAAGUUUAUUUCACAAUUACCCAUUGGGACAUCAGAUUAAAAGAAACAUGCAUGAAGGUAUCGGCAUGAAACAGAUUUUUGUGGGAGUUUUUUUUAAUUACAUAUGGCUGCAGAGUCCACUUAAGCCCUCGAAGAAGGGUUGCCAGAUGGCCUUUUUCCGCAGACAAAAAUGGUCAAAAAAGGCCUAUAACUCAAUAUAUACUGGGAUAAUUGUAGGUUCCGGUGUAAUAUAAAUCCGGUAUAAAAAUUCCGGUAUAUUACAUUUUAUUUUUUUCGCACUUUUCAAAAUUUAAUGUGGAAUUACCGCUAUCUUUC